AUGACAGACACCGAUCCGGCGUCCGCAGUGCCCUCUGGCGCCGGGUCUCCUAAGGAGGAUGCGGCAACCAAGUCGGCAAGGGAGGAGCUCAGGCACACAGUGAUCUCAGAGCGAGAGGAUGCGAAUGUCGACGACAACAACGACAACGACAGCAAAGUCAAUGACAACAGCAGCAGCUCACGGCGAGCGACCACGCCCGACAAACACGACACCCUCAAGGAACAGGUGUCGUCUCCCAAAAAGAAGCGCGCCCACGACGAGCUCGACAACGACGACGACGACAACGACAAGGCCACCGAGGGUAAGAAGAAAAACAAGGACGAACAGAGAAGUGACGCGGAGGCCAGAAAGGCGGUUGCAGCCGGCACAGCCUCUCUCGAUGCCCCCAAUGGCGAUGCUCCGCGUGCAGACGAGCCCGAGAAGAAGCGUCUGCGCGACGGAGAGUCUGCCGAAACCUCUUCGUCAGGCACCCUCUCUAAGGAAGAGAAGCCUGCCGCUUCUGCUGCUUCUGCUCCGGCCUCGUCUACCUCCACCGCCGCCUUUGCGUCGUCUGGCUUUGCCAAACUAACCAGCACUGCGUCACCGUUUGGCAACCUCGCGGGAGGUGCGUCUGGCAAACCGUCUUUGUUCGGCUCGUCCUCGGGCUCGGCCUCGCCCUUUGGCGCGCUGGGCGGUGCCUCUGCUUCCCCCGUGACUACAACUGCCUCGACAUCCGCCUCAACAACGAAGCCUGCCGCACCAGCUUUGGCCUCGCCGCCCACAUUAAGCUUCGGUGGCAGCAGUACGGCGUCUCCAUUUGCCGGUCUGCCUUCUUCGAAGGCUGAUUCGAGUGGUGGGGUGUUCGGCAGCGCAUUUGGCAGUGCUGCUGCGGCCGGUUCGUCUGGGGCUACGAGCAGCUUCGGUGGCGGCUUUGGGAGCGGUCUCAGCAGCGGGUUCGGAGGCAACGCGUCUACAGCCGGUGGUGGCAGAAGUGCCUUUGGCGCGGCCCUCUCUAGCUCGGGUGGACUCACCAGCUUUGCCAAGCCUGGCACAGCCUUUAAGAGCGACAAGCCGGCACGGCCAUUCGGUGCGCCCGAGAGCGACGACGCUGAGGAAAGCGACGAUGAGGACUCGGCAGCAGAAGAAGACGAGAACGGCGACGAGGACAAGGACGAGAGCGGCGGUGGCGACGGCGACGAUGCUGCUGAGGAUCAGCCGACCAAGGGUGGAGCAGACGCCGACAAGAAGAAGCAAAAGCUGCAACGAGUGGCGGUGGACGACGGCGAAGCCGGUGAAGCCACAUUAUUACAGGUCCGCGCACGCAUGUACUACCUCGACAAGGAUCUGGGCGGCUGGAAGGAGCGCGGUGCCGGCAUGCUGAAGAUCAACGUGCCCGAGCACUGCGUCGAGUUUGACCGCGACGGCAGCGUUAUCCCCGCUUCUUUUGACGCGUCAACGCUCGGCGGAGACGAAGAGAACAAGGAAGCCGCCGAAGCGGCUGGCUCGGAGACCAACGGCAAGACAAAAACCGGCGCCGCCGCCCUCCCGCGGCGCACUGUGGUCCGGCUGAUUAUGCGGCAAGACUCAACGCACCGUGUCAUCCUCAACACGGCCGUGCUGCCGUCGACUGAGUUCAAGGAGCGCCAGACGCUCAAGGCUACGACGGUGCUCUUUACGGCCUUUGAAGGCAGCGAAGCGAAGCCCGUCAGCAUGCAGGCCAAGAUGAGCAUUCCCAACGCCAAAGCUUUGAUUGCUGCCCUGGAGGGUAUCCAGAAGGAGCUGCGUGGCGACUGA